ACCAGAAACACCACAGACGCUGCAGCAGAAGGAAGGAACUCACAGACGCUCAACGUUUCCACCAAAACAGAAGCAUGAGGCUACCGGAGCUCCUCUGUGGGGGGAUCUUCCUCUUCUUCUUCAUCUCAGAUGUUCGCCCUGAGAAGGUGGAGGUUCUGGUCGCCGCCGGUUCUCAGGCGGUUCUUCCCUGUAAAUGCCGCAGUUUGUCCUCAGAUUCGGCCAUCAUCUGGAGUAAAGAACGUGGAGGCACCGUGUGGAGGAAGCAGCGCAGCGGUCUGCAGUACCGGGGCUCCAGCUGGGCCCAGAAGGGAACCCAGCGGGUCCAGUGUCCUCACCAGCAGUUUGAACGAGGAGACUUCAGCCUGCAGAUUGACGCCGUGACCAAGGAGGACGGAGGAACCUACACCUGUAUGGUGGACGUCGGACGCUGGGUCACUCAGAGUGUCGUCACACUCAGAGUUCUGACAGUGUCAGUGUCUCCUUCGGUUCCUCUGUGGGGAAACAACGUCUCGCUCGGCUGUGACGUGAGUCCUCGGCCUGACGAAGCUUCUUUCAGGUGGAGGCUGAACGGCAGCCCGUACGUUCCUGGAACCUCCUCAGGCCUCGUGGUGAAUGCCAGUCUGAGGCUGUCGGGGAACUGGAGCUGUGAGGUGACGUCUGGAGGCCGACGGGUCGAAGCUUCAGCGCCUCUGACCGUCAGAGGAAUCCUGCAGCCGUCCAGGGAGGAUGCUCGUCUUUACGCUGCCGUCGGUUCUGCCGCUUCGCUGCCCUGCAUCUUCUCUCCGGGCCUAAAGCCUUCAGAGUCUCUGUGGGAGAAACUGAAACCCACUUCUCUGUUCAGAUCUGCAGUCGACCGACUUCCUGCUUCCUUCUCUUCCUCCUCGUCUCCGGCUCAGCUGCCCUGGGAUAAAUCCGCCCGUCUGGACCCGGUCGGGUUGGAGGAUGAAGGCCGGUACCGGUGUUCUGGUACCGUGGAGGGACAGAGGCUGGCUCGGAACAUGAAGCUCAUCGUCGCUCAAAUCGUCCAGACGAAGGAAAAAGGUUCUGUGACGCUGAGCUGCCAGCUGAGCGACUCCAGCGACGUCACCAAGUACGACUGGGUCCAGACGACCUCCGACCCAAACGGCACCGAGUCGGUCCGAUCCGUCCUGAAGGGGAAGACGGUCAGAAUCAGCCCGGAGUCGGAGCAGAACCAGUGGACCUGCCGCUUCUACGGGAAACAAGGAGUUCUGGGAAACAUAACGCACCAGGCUCAGCUGAUAGGAGGUCUGACUGGACCUGGUAAAUCCUCGGUUCCGUCCCGGAACACGCCUACUGUGGUUGGACUCAGUCUGCUGCUCCUGGUUCUGCUGCUGGUUCUGGCUCAGAUGUACAAAAACCACCAAAGGAGGAAGAGGAUCUUUCAGUAUCCUGCUCUGGAGACGAUGGUUCAUAACAUCUCUAAUGAACGAGAGGAGAAGAACAGGAACCGAGCCAGGAAAUAAAACCACAUUAACCCUCGUGUCGUCCUGCAGGUCAAAAUUGACCCGUUUUAAAGUUUGAAAAUGUGGAGAAAAAAAAUUUUCACAGUGAAACUUCUGAUGUCCACAUUUUCAACAUUUUUGGGAAAUGUUUGAACAUUUUUUUGCUGGAAAAAAAGAAAUGUUAAAAAUGUUCUUAAAGAAAACAGAAGUUUUACUGAUAUAUAUGGAAUCACUUUAUAUAUUUUUAGGAUUUUUUUAAGAAGAUUUUUACUCAUUUUUUUGAAAAUAUUUACAAGAAUUUUCUUGCCAUUUUUUUUU